AUGGCCCAGCUGGUGUCGCUGGCCAGAAAGACCACACCGCCUGGACACUGCCAGCUGGAGGCCUCGGGCCUUGUCCCCACGGCCCAGUCUGCGGCCAUGAGGUGCCUUCCUGCAGAGCUGGCUGAUUGCAACUCCUCAUCUGGGGCUUCGCCCCCCUCGCAGCCAAGCACUAUCACCCUGGAGGACCUGGGGCUCCUCCUGGAGGAAGGGCUGGCCAGCCCCGAGCUCCUGAGUCUGGAGGAGAUCUCAGAGAGGUAUGAGCCCAGCUGCCUGGCGUCCACCACUUCCGUCCCAGAGCAGGACACCCCCAAGCGCUGGAAGCAGCUGGAGCAAUGGGUGGCCGACCUGCAGGCCGAGGUGGUGUCCCUACGGGGACACAAGAACUACUGUGAGCGUGCCACACUGAGCCUUCUCCAAGAGCUGCGCCAGGUGCAGGCCAGUGUGCAGCUGCAAGACUCGGAGCUGAGGAAGCUGAAGCAGGAGUUACAACAGGCAGCUUGGGUCCCUGAAAAGGAGGCCCUGGAGUUCCCCAGCCCCCAGAACCAGAACAAGAUGCAGGCCCUGGACAGGAGGUUGGUGGAGGUCCGGGAGGCCCUGACCCAGAUCAGGAGGAAGCAGGCACUCCAGGACUCAGAGCGGAAGGGCACCAAGCAGGAGGCCAACCUCAGGUUGACCAGGUUGGCCAGGAAGCUGGAACAGGAGGAGCAGAACCGGGAGGUGGCCUGCAGUGCCCUGAAAAGGAGCCAGGAGGAGGCCAGCCAGAAGGUGGACCAGGAGGUGGCCAGGCUGCAGGCCCAGGUGACCAAACUGGGUGAGGAGAUGAGCCUUCGCUUCCUCAAGAGGGAGGCCAAGCUGUGUGGCUUCCUGCAGAAGAGCUUCCUGGCCCUGGAGAAGAGAAUGAAGGCCUCGGAGAGCACACGGCUGAAGGUGGAGAGCAGCCUGCGGGAGGAGCUGGAAAGCAGGUGGCGCAAUCUCCAGGAGCUGGCCGAGGAGCGCUUGCAGGCCCUGCGGGGGCAGUGCAAGCAGGAAGAGUGCUACCUCCUGGAGCAGUGCCGGGGCCUGGACAGGGCCGUGGUCCAGCUGACCAAGUUUGUGCGCCAGAACCAGGUGUCGCUGAACCGCGUCCUGCUGGCCGAGCAGAAGGCCCAGGACACCAAGGGCCACUUGGAGGAAAGCCAGGCUGGGGAGCUGGCUGCCUACUUGCAGGAGAACAUGGAAGCCAUGCAGCUGGCCAGCGAGCAAGCUCAGCAGGAGACGCAGAGCACACUGGAGCUGCUCCAAGAGAAGAGGCAGGCCUUGGAAGCGUCCGUGGCCGAGCUGGUCAGACAGGUGGGGGACCUGAAUGACCACUUCUUGGCCCUGAGCUGGAGGCUGGACCUGCAGGAAAAGACGCUGACCCAGAAGCUGUGUGAGGCAAAGAGUGAGCGGGAAGGUGCGGAGCGGAGAUCGAUGGAGGGCCUGGCCUGGUGUCGAAAGGAGGCCCAGGCUUACCUGAGGGAGGUGCGGGAGACAGUGGACAGCCUGCCUCGGCAGAUAGAAGCUGUCUCUGACAGGUGCGUCCUGCACAAGAGUGACUCGGACCUCAAGAUCUCUGCUGAGGGCAAGGCCAGAGAGUUUGAGGUUGAGGCCAUGCGGCAGGAGCUGGCUGCUCUGCUGUCCUCCGUGCAGCUGCUCAGGGAGGGCAACCCCGGGCGGAAGAUUGCCGAGAUCCAGGGCAAGCUGGCCACGUUUCAGAACCAAAUAAUAAAAUUGGAAAACAGCAUCCAGGACAACAAGACCAUCCAGAACCUCAAGUUUAAUUCGCAAAUCAAGAUGCGCAUGGAGGAGAUGGCCACGCUGAAGGAGUGCCUGGAGGGCCCGUGGGCCCUGACGCUGGACAGCAGGAAGGUCCUCGUGUCCCUGGUGAGACAGCAGUUCAUCAAGAACGUGGCCUCUGGCGAGCUGGUCCCCAUGAACCGCUGGGGCGUGUAUCAGGCCGUGAGGUGGCUGCAGUGGAAGGCGGUCCUCAUGAACCAGGUCGCCAAGUGGAGGCCACGGACAGUCUUGGAGAGGUCCCUUGGCCAGGAGCCUGCCCACCAGCUCCCCGUCUUGCCCCUUUUCCAGAAAUAAACAUGCCACUCCUGUAUGUCAGGGCCUGGCAUUCCCUCCAGGGGGUCAGGAGACCCAGGCGGUGGGAGUGGCCAAGAGACUCCAUCCCUGAAGCCUGUCCGUCCCCAGACUCCCAGGAUGCCCUUCUCCUGCCCAAGCCUAGGGGAGCCCAGCCCCCGCCGUGUUCCUGGGCCGGAGAUCCACGGCCACUCCUGGUCGCCCCUCCCCCCCCACCACCCCAGCCUCAGGACCUGUGCCUGUCACCCAUGCCCUCCACACCUGCCAGGUGCCCAGCAGAGAAGCGGCUCUUCCCGCCCUAAUCCGGGGAGCAAACAGUGUCUGCUUGUGCACUCAGCAGCGCCCUCCUCCUGCCUCGCCAAGAAAACGUGGCUCCUCUGGCCAGCUGGCCCUGCCACCUGCUUCGGGGCUUGAGGAGGGGCCACCUGGGACCGGCCAGUGGGUGGGCAGUGGGCGCGUUCGCCUGGGGAAUCUCGGGGCUGGGCUGGUUGGGCACAGUGUCUAGACCCCCUGAGCCCACAGCCUCUGAGUGGCCACAGCUCCUGUCCUGUCCUCCCUCCUGUGGGCAGAGCUCCAAGGGCUGGAGGCCAGGGUGGCCGGGUCGGGUGCCGCAGCCUUCAGCCCCUGCCAUCCCUGCCCUGGUGGCCUCUGGUGGUGGCAGCUCCAGGUCCCAGGUGAGCCCUGGGCCUGGAAAGUCCCCACCUAAACUGGUUUGUCCUCCUGGUGGCCACCAGGGCCACCCAUCUUCAAGGGCCCCACAGUCCCUCCCAGGACAGCCCAGAGCUGGAGAUUCCAGACCCCUGCUGCCACAGCUCACUGGGCCUCGGCCAGCUGCACCCCCUCCAGGGCCUGGGCGCCCCUGCCUGGCAGCUCUGGGCCGGCCUCCACUGACCAGCUAGCCAGCAGGUCACUGAAGUCGGGAGUACCGGGGUGCAGCAGGCCCAGGGGGCUGGGCGCCGGCUCCUUCCAGAAGGAGGGGGGCAGCUUCCUCUGCGUCAUGGGUCUGAUGUGGCCGUACUUCUGCUCCAGCCUCAGCCGGUGGCUGGCGGACGCCCUGGGCGCUGAGAACUGCCGUAGUCCGUAGUCAAACAACUCGGCCAGGGGCCCCAGCGGCUGCACCCUUUCUCCGCCAAGGCCUCUCUCAUGCACCUGCCCCUGGGGACCCCUGGGAGAGUGGACCCCAGGCUCAGCAGCCUUGUCAUCAUCGGGGGACCCUCCCUGGGCCAGGUGCACCAGGUCUGCGUAGUAAAGCUCCCUGGCUGAGCUGCUGGCGGGGUGGCCAUCGGCGUAGAUGUCACAGGCGUCUGGGUCCUGCCCCCCAUCCUUUCGGCCAAAGUACCUCUGGAUGUCACCGCUGAUGAGCUCAGAGAACCGCAGCAGCUGCAGUGGCAUCUCGGGGCUGCUCGGACCUGGAGGGGCCUCUUCUGGGGCAACUAUGGCCCAACCUGAGCUGUGGGGGGCUGGGCUGUGGGCCCCUGGCCCCUCA